AUGGAAAGUGUUGUGCCAAAUCUUUGGAAUGUUGAUGGAGAAGUUACAGUAACUGAACAGAAGCCAGGAGAAGUUGCUGAAGAACUGGCCAGCUCCUAUGAAAGAAAGCUCAUUGAGGUGGCGGAAAUGCACGGUGAGCUGAUCGAAUUCAACGAGCGUCUACACAGGGCCCUGGUGGCCAAGGAAGCCCUCGUGUCCCAGAUGAGGCAGGAGCUCAUCGAUCUGCGGGGGCCGGUGCCUGGAGAUUUGAGCCAAACAUCUGAAGACCAGAGUUUGUCAGAUUUUGAAAUAUCAAACCGGGCGCUCAUCAAUGUCUGGAUCCCCUCAGUGUUUCUCCGGGGUAAAGCAGCGAAUGCAUUCCACGUGUACCAGGUCUAUAUUCGGAUAAAAGACGAUGAAUGGAACAUCUACCGGCGGUAUACAGAAUUCAGGAGUUUGCACCACAAGUUACAAAACAAGUACCCUCAAGUGAGGGCCUACAACUUCCCACCCAAAAAGGCCAUUGGAAACAAGGAUGCUAAGUUUGUAGAGGAACGAAGAAAGCAGCUCCAAAAUUACCUGCGCAGUGUCAUGAACAAGGUCAUCCAGAUGGUCCCCGAGUUUGCUGCCAGCCCCAAGAAGGAGACUCUCGUCCAGCUGCUGCCCUUCUUUGUUGACAUUACCCCUCCCGGAGAACCACUGAACAAGAGCAGCCGUCCCAAAGCAGCUCCUCGCUUCCCCAAGCUGUCCCGAGGGCACCCCAGGGAGACACGCAACGUGGAGCCCCAGAGCGGUGACCUCUGACCUCAACAGAACCCCAGACUUGGGCCCUUCGCGUUAUGGCAGCCCCUCCCACCUCAGAAUAAUGACAGCAUCGCCCCAGAGAGCCCUUCCUCACUGGUCACACGACACCCCAAUUAAACUGAGUCUUAGAGCA